UACCAAAAACCAUACCCGAAAGAAGAAAGCAGAAGAGGGAGAUGGAGACGCGUACUAGUCUUUUUCCCCACAUCCAAAUUUCCACGGUCAUGGUCUUCUUCUUUUCUUCUUUUUCCUUGUCCUUCACUCUCCAUUUCCCUCUCUCUUCUUGCCUUUUCAAACGCUUGAAAAACCAGCAAACCAAACCCAAAGAAUUAUUCACCAAAAUGGAUUGACCAGCAUUUAUACGGACCCCCCCAACUUGAUAAAAAUUCCCACAACUUGCUCUUACAAGUCCAUUUCCUUCCUUUUCAUUUUGAUUAUAAAUUCAUAUUCAUAUUCUUCUUCUGUUUCUUUUUCAACGUAAACGUGUUCAUGGAAGUCAUGGAGUCCGAAACCGCCAUUGCUUCUAAGGUUCAGAGGCUGAGAUGCUCGGUCCAGAACUACGAUUGGGGUCGGAAAGGCGUUGACUCUACCGUCGCCGAGCUUUACGCUCUGAAUUCCGGCUCGGAAAUCGACCCCGAAAAGCCUUAUGCUGAGAUCUGGAUGGGAACUCACGACUCAGGACCCUCCUUCCUGGUUCCGAGCGAACACAAGAGUAAUGGAAAUCUGUCGGUGGAGUUCGGCAGCCAUGGCGAGAGCCUCAAGUCUUGGAUUUCCAAGAAUCCUAGUGUGCUCGGCGAAAAGGUCGUCCAAAGGUGGGGCAGUGAUCUUCCGUUCUUGUUCAAGGUGCUUUCGGUGGCCAAGGCAUUGUCAAUACAAGCUCAUCCGGAUAAGGAAUUGGCCAAGACUUUGCAUAAGUUGCAGCCAAGUGUCUAUAAGGACGACAAUCACAAGCCUGAGAUGGCUCUCGCCAUAACCGACUUCGAGGCUCUUUGUGGAUUCAUCAGUCUCCAGGAGCUCAAGUCUGUGCUUCAUGACGUUCCUGAGAUCGUAGAGCUGGUUGGAAGUACAGAUGCAAACCAACUCUUGAAUCUCAGUGAUCAAGAUGCGGAAGAAAAAGUAAAAAUUGUUCUGCGUUCAAUUUUCACCAAACUCAUGUCAGCGAGCAAAGAGAUGAUAAUUGAAGCAACUUCCAAACUGAAAGACCGUCUACACUUUGAAAGUCAG